UCCAGAUUUCCGCAAAACGUGAAUUUUUUCAAGCCGAAAAAAUACCGGCUGGAUCGCAGUUGCUAAUUGUUCUGCAUAUUUUACAUCCAUAUUUUAUAACUGUUGUAAUAAACAAGACAUUGGUUAGGAUUGUAUUUCAAUUUCUCGGGAGUUGGCCGCAAGAAUGACUGGCAGUGAUUCAGAAUUGGAACCAGUGCUUGUUCGUCGAAAGCCGUCGCCAUUCAGAUUCCCUCGGCUGUCCGCGAUCACUUGUCCUCCACAUUUCAAUUGGUUAUUUUUCCUCGUUCUCAUAACUGGGCAACUAAUUGGAAUUAUCCUAUUCACCAUUUGGGCUGUUGAUUGUUUCUUUCGCGAGUUUCGUACAACUGGAUUUUGCAACAAUUUCCAUCUGUUCUCGGCACCUGAAUCGUUUCAAUUUCUCUGGCUAUUGUUUAGUUCUGCGAAUUCCUUCUUCCUGAUAUACCAUACUAUUUACCGUUCACCAGCGUUUGCUGGUACCCGAAAAGUUGUUGGUCAUUUGUAUAAGAAAAAAUAUUUCUAUAAGAUCAAUCUUGUGCUAACGGUUGUUGUCGUGUAUGACAUCUACGUGAUGUCAAAUGAGCCACAAACAUGGAAGACCAUGUCGUAUAUAUUAUUCAUCACGGAGAAAGUUUUUACUGUUGCGCUGAUGCUUUUUCUCAACUUCUUACCCAGGUUUUGGACCGGUGGUCGACUUUCGACUCUCAAAUACUGGCUGUAUAAAGCAGCUUUGGCGGUAUAUUAUGUCUUGCAAAAUUUUGUGAUGGCUCUGCUUGGCUCAACCAUAGCUACAUACAAGGUCUUAACCAUAAAACCAAAUGUGGAUACACAAGAUCCCGGACCUCGGUCCAUUGUAGCUCUAAUGUUGUUGGUAACUUACAAUGGAUACCGUUAUUUCGUCGCUGAGUUCUUUUUUUCGAAAAUCUUUGACGAUGAGUUGGACAUAUUGGGUGGAAAGACCAUUCAAGAGAGUAUUGGUGCAAAUGAGCAAAAUGGGCAAGAAUCAUACACAGCAUUACUUACUCAUACUACCACCAAUUUCUGAUUUACGAAAAAACUGUA